AUGUUAAAAAAAAAGUUUAUUGAAAACGUUUUCUCAUUAUUUACAAUACUUGUUUAUAAACAACAUUUUUCAUUUUAUUGUCCGGAGUAUAUAUACAUAAAUUUUUCGGAUUUCCUACUCUUGAGCAAGCUACAUAUAGCUGACCGUGAAAGAAAAAUCACUAUUAAGUUCAAUGAGGCCGGUCGUUUGAACGAGUGUCAAAUUAUCGAGAGUCGACUGUACCUUAAUCUAAACAAAAGAUUGCGGAGACAUAUUAAAGUAUUCAGCUGCGACUGCAGUAUCAUGGACGAUCCCUAUAUCUCUUGCCCGUAUAACGCUUAUCACCGUGUUCCUCGAUCAAGAAUUCAAAGGCACCUAACUAAGUGCCCAGAUUUCAAAUCAGACUGGGCUUUUUGUCCAUUUGACCAUAGUCACAGGAUGCCUCAAAACGAUCUUGCUGAGCAUAUGAAAGAAUGUAAAUUAGGAACUCAAAUGGGCAAACAAUUAUUUUAUCAACCUGCCUUUAAGCAGCCAUUACAAAAACAAAAACAACAAAAUGCUCUUGAUGAUGAAAUUUGGGAUUAAUUAAUUAAACCGGGUAGCAGUAUGCUCCAACUCCAAGAGUUGCACUUUACUUGAGGCAACAUGUAAUUUUAAGUUAAAUAUGAAUAUUAUAACGUAAAAAUGUGUUAAUUAAAUGGUUAAAAUAAUCCAUAUAAAAA